AUGGCUAGUAGUAGACAAGAGAUAAAAUUAAAAAAUGAAGUGGAAAAUAAAAAAAAGUUAACUAAUACUUGUGUGUGUUCUUUUGAAGAAAAUAAUAAAAAUGUAAAUAUCAAAUUAUUAGGAAAUUUCCACAACAUAACACCUAGUAAUGAUAAUAAAAAAGAGGAAAACACAAUAGAAAACAUAAAAGAAAAAAUAAUAAGGAAAUGUAAAAUAGAUGAUAUUAAUAAUAUAAAAAAUAGUAAUAGUAGUGGCAAUAAGAAAGAAGAGAAGAAUAUAUUAAAAUAUUUUAAUAUAAAUUGUUCAAAACAAAAAUCUAACGAAAUUAAAAAAAAAGAAAAGAAAAAAAGCUCCAAAUUAAGGAACCAAUAUAUAACUCCAGAUGUAAGUAUGUCGUCUAAUGAGAAGAUCAAUUAUUAUAUAAAUAAAGAGGUUAACAAAAAGAUGAAUAAAUUAAAUGAUAUAGAAAAUGUAAGUUGUUCGUCAUACAAAUGUUUUAAUGAACAAAUUAAUGACAAGAAAAAAGAAGAUACUGAAAAAUUAACAAAUUGUUGUAAUGAAACGAAUGUAUUAAAUGGAAAAAAUGUUAAAGAUUGUAAUAAAUUAUGUAAUAAAGUGAAUGAUGAUAAUCAAUCUCUGAAUAAUACAAAUCCAUGUAAUUAUGAUAUAAAAAAAAAUAAUGUAGAAAAUAAUAAUAUGUAUGAUAAUUCAUAUGUUCAUAUUAAAGAAAUGGGGAAUGUAAAAAGUAAUUAUUCCCUUAAAAAAAUUAUAGAAUAUAAUGACGAACAAUUAAAAAAUACAUUUAAUAAAAACAAAGAAGAUGACACAGAUUCAAAAGGUCAGCAUAAUUCUGAUAAUUGUUGUGAUAAAUAUUUGGAGACCUUUUAUAAUAUGGAAAAUCAGGAUUUAUGUAAAAAUAGCAAAUGUAAUAAUCUAAAGAAUCAUAAUAUUAAUAUAGAUAUUAAUAUUCACAUGAAUUCAAGUAUUAAUGUUAAUUGUAAUUCUUAUAAUAAAAAUAGUAUAAAAAUAAAUGAAGUUGAUGAUUCCAUGCCUCCCAGUGAACACAAUACAUUAUGUUAUGAUGAAGAAAGAAAAAAGCAUCGUUUUAAGGAAAAUGAUUCAGAAAAUAAUAAUAUUACGAAAAAGAAAUCCUUUGAUGAAAAGGAGUGGGUUCAAAUUAAUGAAUCCUACAAUUUUUGGGAUUCGUUAAAAAAUAAUUUGAGAAAUGUAUUUUUAAUAAAAAAAAUGGAAGAUGACAGCAAUAUAAAGAAGGACGACGAAGUGAAGAUGAAUGAUGAUGAGACUAAAAAGGAUAAAAGCAGAGAAAAUGUAUUAUGUGGAUUAGAAAAGGAUAAUAAAAUGAGAAGUCAAACUAAAAGUGUUUCUAAUAAUAAUAAAAGUGUUGAUAAUAAUAAUAACAAAUGUGUUGAAAAUAAUAAUUACCAAUGUGUUGAUAAAAAUAAUAACAAAUGUGUUGAUAAUAAUAAUAACAAAUGUGUUGAUAAUAAUAAUAAUAAAAGUGUUGAAAAUAAUAAUAACCAAUGUGUUGAUAAUAAUAAAAAUGUUUAUAAUAAUAGAGCCUCUUGUGAUGAGCGAUCAUUUCCUUUUCCCGUAGAUGUAUAUGUAAAAUGCCUACAUUUCCUCAAAUUAGAAACUAUAUUAAAAUGCGAACUAUUAAAUAAGAUGAGUUGUGAUAUUAUAAAUAAUAGAGUAGGUGUAUUUACAUAUAUAAGAAAAUUAAAUUUAGAUGAGAAAUGGUCUAGCAUUCCAAUAUAUAAAAGACAAUUUUAUUUACAUCAGAUGAGAAAUAUAAGACAUUUAACUACAUCGGAAAAGAUAUAUGUAGAGAAUGGUAUGUAUAUUCAUGAAGUAGCAGCAAUUAUUUAUCAAAAUUUGUCAAGUUUGAAAACAAUUGAAUUAUUAUCACCUGAAUAUUUUAUGAAUGAUAAUACACCUAGACAUGAGCCUUUUUCCUUAUAUCCAUCAGUAUUUGAAAAGUUAGAAAAAUUAACAAUAAUAGGAUGUCAGACGUUAGAAUGGUUACACAUAUUUAGAAAUUGUUCUUUUCCUUUAUUAAAAAAAUUUGAAGUAUGUUAUUAUCCUUUACAUCAUGAUCAUUGGUAUUGGAAUUUUGUUUUUGAUUUCACACAAUUAGGAUUACAAGGUUUAUACAAAAUAUUAUAUACAAUGGAAAAUUUACAAAAAUUAAUAAUAGGAUUUGAUGUAUGGUUUGAUAAUUUGGAAGGGCACAUAUAUAAUCCUUUAGAAAGUCAUAGAAAUGAAUUACAAGAAUAUCGUAUAAUAAAUAAUAAUAGAAAUGAGAGAUAUAAUAAUAUUUCUUCCUUAUCUAUUCCUCCAGCUAAUGGAUAUCCUUCUAGAAUUUUUAAAAGUUAUCGUGGGAAAUUAUGUGAAGAAGAUUAUAGUGAUAUAUUUACAAUAGCUUAUUAUAUGUCAGGAAAAUGUGGAAAAUUAACUCGUAUAAUGAUAAAGUAUAGGGAUUCAUAUGAAUAUUAUGACGAUGAAAUUGGAAAGGAUGAAGUUGUAAAUGAGUUGAUAUCAGAAGCAUCUAAUACAGCAUCUACUUAUUACAAUUAUGUUUUAAAUUGGUUUAGAUCAGCAGAUGAAAUUGUACCUCGCGCUUCCUAA